UGAGCUGGGAACAGGUGCUUGUGGGAUGGGACAAUAUAUUAAAACUGACGACAUGGCUAAUAAUAAACUUUUUCAAUGGCCGGCCGAGGGGCACUGCCUGUCUUGACUACACAAGUCCACUUGCGGUGUCGAGGCAGAAGCUGUAUAAGAAGAUGGCUCGACCUCGGACUCCAGAUCACCGACCUGACUGCCCAUCCCACGACACUUUCCACACUCGGCCACCCGUCACACACUCGUUUCCGGCAGAAAGCCCAGCCUCUCUUUUCAUACAGACAUUCAUUCCACAAUGCGCGCCUCUUUGGUUGCCGUCGCCUCUUGUGCCAUGUCAGCGCACGCCGUCGCCAUCCGCCGCGAAGAAGACCCCAACUUCAGCUGGCAAGCCCCUGACGCCUCGGCCAAGCGGUCUCCCUGCCCGAUGCUCAACUCCCUCGCCAACCACGGCUACCUCGCCCGCGACGGGCGAGAGAUCAGCAUGCAAGACCUGAUCUCGGGCCUCGGCCAGGCCAUCAACCUUGAAGAGGCACUUGUGCGAACGCUCGGAACCCCUGCAUUCGCAACAUCGACGACGGGCAACUCCAGCACCUUCAAUCUCGACGACGUUGCGAAGCACAACAUCAUUGAGCAUGACGGCAGCCUCUCGAGGGCAGACUUUGCCGUGACUGGCGACGCCAAGACACUCAACGAGACGGUCUGGGGUGAGACACGGGGAUACCUCGAGGCGGGCGCGGUGGACUCGACGGUUGACUACAAGACCAUGGCCUCGGCGCGAAGCCAGCGCCUCGUCACAGCGCAGGCCACCAACCCGACGUUCAAUAUGACCUCGAGCCAGGUCACCGUGUCCUUGGGCGAGUCCGCAGUCAUCCUGGGGACACUUGGAGGAAGCUUCACCGAGCCUGCCGCGCCGCUGGAUUGGAUGAGAGUCGUGUUCGAGGAGGAGCGUCUGCCAUUCAAGGAGGGCUUCAACACCUCGUCGACACCGAUCACCACAGCGCAGGUCCUCGGGCUGUCACAGCUGAUCGCGACCAGCACCAGCUAGAUGGUUGGACUAGAAUAAGGACAAGCAAGUAGUAAAUCAAAACAGGACAUGUCCAACCGAAACUCACGGGUUCGACUGCCUGAAGACAUUGUUCUUGAGCAAAAGUCAAGUAAAAGCGCCGCAGUGGUACUGUCUGUUCUGUGUGUUGUGACGUAGUUUGGAGUUGAAUCUUUAUUCUCUAUUCCGUGAGUACCUGGGUACCUGGGUAUCUGGGUACCUAGGUACCUAGGUAGGUGGUGAGUGCACGCACGGCGCGCACAGUACGCACAGUACGGGAUGUUUACUGUUUGGGUGUUUGUCAGGCUUGGGCAGGCAGACUGUACUCCG